UCGCCACCAGGAUUGUAAAGAAAAGGAGGAAAAUGUUUGUGUAGUAGUGACUCAUACGGUCAAUGAAGUUCUCGUCCCUGAUUGACCUCAGUCCUUCGUAGACUCCGAUUGGUCCAAGAAUGGAAUCUAAACUGAAUACAGAGGAUAUCUCGCCAUUUUUUUAAGACUUGUGGAUUCAAACUUGUCUCAGUUGAUGAGACAGUGGUGGAAGCUACAGUCAGUCAUCCUGGGCCAACAAUAGCAGACUAUGACGUUUAUGGUAUGAAUUUACAUGACAGCCAAAAAUAUGGAACAUGAUGAACCUUGUGGUGUCUGGCAGGAUGUUUGCUCACCAUUACCGAUUAGAUGAAACAGGCAAGACUUUCAGGGAUUUUGAAAAACUGACCAGUGAUUGCUUAACAUUCCUUGUGACAUCAGAGGUCUGUUUCACAAAGGCCCUUUAUGACCCUGAUGUCCCUAAAAAUACACUACUGACCACCAUCAAGGGAGGCUAUAUUGGAAACACUUCCUUUAAUUCACACUCUUUGUUGAAGACAGAAAAUAGUGACCUCCUAAUCAGCAACAUCAAUCAAGUUGUCAGCAUAGAUCCCAAAAGCAGACGACCAAAGCCACUACCAGACUGGUGGAAAAUGAAAUAUGCAGAGUCAGCAAAACAAUUCCAGUCCUAUAAACUGGAAAAAUUUCCUCGGGCAGAGAAUACAAGUGUCUACCAUGUGAAAGUAGCUUGGAGUGAUACAGACAUGAAUAACCAUACCACAUGGAGUGCCUAUGUCAGAUAUGCCAAGGAUGGUGCCCAUAAUGCAGCCCGAACUGGUUCCCUGCCCAACUUUGAGGAAAACCUAAGGAAGGGAAUCAGCAAAAUUCAGUCACAUUAUCUAGGAGAGUGUUUAGAGGGGGAUGAACUUGUAGUUUAUAUAUGGGAAGAUGUAGGAGAAUGCUAUCAAUUGAAAUGUCACAUUGAUAAGGAUAAGGACUGUUUAUUUCAAUGUGUAAUUUCAUUUUUUAAUUAGUUCAUGUAAUUAAAAAUACCACAAAUGUUCAUAUUAGGCCAUACAUUAAGAAGUGUUUGUUGUAGCAUAACCGAAUUAUUGAAAUCUAUCUUGUUAAAAAAAUUUGCUUCAUUUUUGUUAGUUUAGAAAAUGAUGACAGUUUAGAAAAAAACAUUGCAGUGCUGUUGGUCAUCUUGUCUAUAUAGCCAUGAAUUUUAAUGCAUAGAAUAACAUUGUUUCCAGGCAGAUUAUGAAAAAGGAUUUAGUGUAUUAUUUUGAGUUUCACAAAAGUAACAUUUUCCUUCUAUUAAGUAAGGAGUUGAGAUAUAGGAAAGUAAAAAAAAUAAUAAUGAUGGCCUCAGGCAAUGUGUUUUUCAUAAAUAUGUGUACACAUGUACAGUAUAUGAAUAAUAAUAAUCUAGUAUCACUACUAAUCUGGUAUAUUUAAUUGUAUAGCCAGUUAUAUAUACAUGUAGAUACAUGAUUAUUCAUAUUAUGUUGAUACUAGAAAAAAAAAAUUGGAUACGUUUGUAAGAAUAGGAGAGAAUACUGAACGAUACUUUGUUGGUGGAAAAAGGUACAUGUAGCAAACUUCAGUUGUAACAGAAAACUUUCCACAGAAUCAAUUAUGUAUUUGUGUAUCUUUUCUUAAUAAACUUUAUUUUGCAAACUU